AUGUCGUCGACGUCUCCACUGAGUUCCCAGGGGCGUCUGGACGCGUCUUCUACCUCUGCAAGUCGAGAAGUCUCUCCUGAUGGUGUGGACACUCUAUUCUCCGUUUCUCGAGGCACUGGAGCCGCCUCACCCGCCUCCUCCACAAGCCCCGAGCAGUUCCGCCCUCCCAUGUCGUUCCUGCGUCGCUUAACCUCCGCUCCGACGGCUAGUCGCGACGACCGAGCCAAACGCAAGGAAAUGGAGCGCAAGGAGCUGCUGGAAAUGAUCCUCGAGUCCAUCGCCAACGUGCCCAAAGCUGUAGAGCGGAUCCACACGAACGAAAAGCUCCGACAGGCGCUACACCAUGAAAUGGGCGAGGAAAACUCGCUUUUGCAUCGGUUCUUCGACUCCAGACAGCAACGAGAGGAAGUGACGCUAGGUGACACUCGUUGGGAGCUCAAUCGACCUUCUGAGAGCGAAGAUGAAGACGACGCAGACAACAGUGCACUGCCAGCAACGGCGCUGGGGGUAUACGAUAACUAUGAGCACAGUCAAGAAGGCGACAAGGACGACGACAGUGAUGAGAGUGAAGACAGCAGCAGUGACUAUGGAUCUGGGUACGAGAAUGACCUGGCUGAAGCUGUGAACCAACUCUGCAUGACGGAUGAGACCUUGACAGCGAUGGAUAACAUGGUAUCGGAUCCGAUUGGAAUUGUUCAGACGAAUUUUACAGGUGGAAGCUCUGCGAGGGUCUCAAGCUCACCGCAGUCGUCGCUCGGGCUGGGAGCUUCACCUGGAAAUGCGUCGAUGGAUGGAGAGCCUGUAUCGGCGCUGUGGCCACGACAGCCGAAUCAGUUUGCGUUUACCCAAGAAGAAGACAACAACGUUCGAGCGGAGGACGAGGUGUACAGCGAAAUGAUGAGCUCGGUCUGUGAAGACGAAACGUUCCAGGAUGAUGUGGAUGGUGACGAAGAAGGUGAAGAGGAACAUCUGAAUGACGAGAGCGAGGAGAAGCUAUUUAAAAUGGAUGACGAUGAUGGAGACGGCGAUAAAGAAGAAGAAUUGAGCAACGGUAUGGCCAAUUUUGGUGCUGAUGAUACAGUAUCAGAUCCGUUUGUGGUUGGCUCUCCCAUUCAGGGUCAGGUGACUACUUUCCAACAUGAUCUCGAUGGCAAAUCAAAGCAGAAGGCAGACACAGUCCACACGGUCGAUAUUAAAGAAGGCGACGAUGUUGGCAAUGAAGAGAGCGAAAGUUCCGGUGACGAUGACGACGACGAGCUCAAGGAAUACGAGGCGUUUCAGCUCCGCAUCAUUCGCGAGAAAAAUCGCACUGGAUUCGAACCAAACCAGGACUGGCGUCCUCGUGCCGGAGCUUUGAUUGGUGGUAGAUACAAGGUGGAAAUGGCUAUUGGAGAAGCAGUGUUUAGUCGAACCUACAAGUGUAUGGAUACAACCACUGAGCAGUCCGUAUGCCUCAAGAUCAUCAAGAACAACAAGGAGUACUUCGAUCAGGGCGUCGACGAAGUCCGAGUACUCGAGUACAUUGAUCGCAACUGCAAGGUGGACGAAAGACAUCUCAUACGUCUCCUGGAUGCCUUCUACUUCCGCGAACACCUGAUAAUCGUGACUGAGCUUCUUCGCGACAAUCUGUACGAGUUCUCUCGUCUGCUUCUACAACGCGGUGUGAUCAACUACUUCAGCAUCCCUCGUCUGAAAAAGAUUACUAUUGAAGUGCUCGAGGCGUUGGAUACACUGCACUCGCUGGGACUUGUUCACUGCGAUCUCAAACCCGAAAACAUCCUCAUCCAAAACUUCAGCGCAUGUACCGUUAAGGUGAUCGACUUCGGAUCAGCAUGCUUCACUACAGACGAGCUCACGUCUUACGUGCAGUCGCGCUCGUAUCGUGCUCCAGAGGUGAUUCUCGGCCUCAUGUACGACACAAAGAUCGAUCUAUGGUCGCUAGGAUGCGUCAUCGCCGAGAUGUUCACAGGCGAGGUGCUCUUCCGCAAUGACUCGGAGCAGACCCUACUGGCACGAAUCCUAGCAACAAUCGGUCCCAUUCCUGCGUCUCUGCUGGCCGGCCGAGGGGAAUUGCAGCAUCAGCUGAUUGACACGGGAUUGUUCACAGUAGAUCACUUGGGCAACGGCGUGUUGGCUGCGAGUCUGCACGUGCCUCCUCUAGAGCAAGCCGUACACACGAAAGACAACGAGUUCCUGGACUUCCUUCGAGCGCUGCUGCAGAUCGACCCGGCGCGUCGACUCUCGGCGCGGGAGGCUUUGACACACCCAUGGCUUCAACAUGGCGUCUUCGCCGAGAACCGGAUGUGA